AGUGAAAACUUCUUUCUUCACAGGAGUGGUGUUUCACAGUCCUAAACAAAGGUUUAAAAAGUAAGAAAGAUGAAUUUGCCAUCGUUUUAAUAUCGACAGGUCGCUGUUCGACAUUUGUCGAUUGUUAAAGCGACUGUGAGACAUUAUUUUUAACCUGUACAUCACCGAACAUUUUGUAGGUGUCCACUUCUCCUCCUGCACAGCGUGGCCACAAGGCGUCAGGCUGAGGCAACAUCCAGCCGUGCUGCUGUUGAUGGAGGGCCACAAAACCUCCACAUGCUGAGAACAGAAGAUGCUUACUAAUGAGAAAGUGAUAUGGCAGUGCAAUGUGAUCUAUUCAGAUUUAUCCUAACUGGAUGCUCCAUUAUUGAUUCCUUCUGAAACAUAUUCAUGGCUCAAGGCAGUUACAUCGUGGGAAAUGUGUCAGGUCAAAUCACUGAAGUGUAUCUUCCUAAUUACCUUGGGAUUGACUACAGUUAUCAGUCAGACGCAGACUACCUCAAGUGUGUGGACAAUUUCCAAAACGGCACCACCAUUAAGCGGCUAAGCCUUAAGAGGAGGCCCAGAGCGGCCGUCAAUAAUGCAGAAAAAACACAGAGAGGUAUUUCACCCAGCCAGUGGCGUUCUGAAGAAUCCCUGUCAUCAUCUAGCACUGAUGGCACGAGACUACUGGGCAUGUCUUCGACAACCAGAGGUCGACCACCACUUCCUCCACCACAUGGUUCAUCCUUGGAUAACAAGCUCUCAAGGAAUGAGGGCAAGGCAAUGUCACAAAUACUUACCGAGUCAAAGCCUCAGCCUGCUGCAAGAUGUCUCGCUUUACAAAGACAAAGCCCCGUAUUGGAAAAGAACAUGAUGGAGACCCAUAAGCACUUGGAGCAGGAGGUGACCAGCCAGCCUCCACCUCAACCCCACCCUCGUCGACGACUGGCCAGCUUUGGGGGGGUAAGCUCCCCUGGGUCGGUCUCCCCCUUCACUGGCCUGGGGGCAUAUAAUCAGAACAACAAUGGGAACAAGCCUAGUGGCACAGGGGGUGAUAUGCAUGCCCACCUUAGCUCGUCCCUGGGCAGUAGAGGCAGCACAGGGUGCCUGAGAUCGAGCCCGCAGAGCUCUGGUAGCAGCACUCCAGCUACAGGUCUUGGCCCCAUGCACCUGCAGCAUGUCCGUGAUCAGAUGGUGGUAGCUCUGCAAAGGCUGAAGGAGCUCGAGGAGCAGGUGAAAAUCAUUCCUAUUCUUCAGGUAAAAAUCUCAGUACUUCAGGAGGAAAAGAGGCAACUUGUCUCUCAGCUCAAGACCCAGAGUGACAACGAGGAAAUGAAUGAUAUGAUCUGGGGGAGAGCUCAUAGCAUGGAACGGUCUGAUAUUGAGAACAAGGUGAAUACUGAGGAGGAACUGAAGAGCAUAGUGCAGAGUGACCCCAUAGACGUCAGGGAAUUCAGGAAACUGACUGAAGAGAUGCAGGCAUUGGAAAGAACCAUCAAGGGCAGACAUUUGCAAGCAUGGCAUGGAAAAAGCCAUAGCCCUAUGCAUGACAAGGUUAUCAAGUCAGUCACAGUUGGAAUUGAUAAAGAUAUCUCAUUUAAACACGCAAAAGAAAACAAAUAUGCACACACUGAUCAGGUAGAAACCAGAUCCGUUGCAACAGAGGUAUCUGAAGUUAAUCUUGGAAUUUACACAGAACGGGAGGCAGAGCUUGAUGCCCAACAACUAAUAAUUGGUGCCCUGAAGGAGAGAAUUUCUCACUUGGAAGCAGAAUUAAAAGAAUCAGCCCUCCAGACAGAGAUGAGCCGUCUCAAACUGGAGCUUCAGGCUGCAGGAGCUAGGAACCGAGCUGACAAAGCAUCUCUUGCUAGACCAUCCACUGCGAGCACAGGCAUCGAAGCGAGGCCUCACACUACAAGCCAGGGAGUGGGUAAUCACACAGAGGUCCAGGAUGCCAGCACAGGGGAGACAACAGAGGUGAAGACUGUUGGAAUAUCUUGCCGUAGGCCUGAGCUGAAGAAUGUUUGCACAGGACCAGAUUUACCCAUAAGCCACUGGGAGGUCAGAGAGCGAGUUGAGACCAGGGAAAAGGGCGUCGGGAUCCAGAUUUUUACAAACACACUAGGAGUUGGGACGGUGAUAACGUUAUGUGAUGCAGAAACCAACACAGAGGUACCAGUGGAGAAUCUGGGAUCUAAGAAAGGAAAGACGAAGUAUCAUUCAGUGGCUUGUGGGGACUGUUCUGUUGAUGUGAUCAUCUGUGAACCAAAGGAUCUGGUUUCUCAAGGUAUGACCACAGAUCCAAUCAGAGGAGUUGAUCUGGGAAUCAUGGCGUCACCCCAAACAGCUUCACAGCGUACCAACACUGUUUCCAGCUCAGUGUCUCGCUUUACUAACACCAGAGAUGCCUUCAACACAGACUCCAGCACUAAUACUCUCCUCAGUACCCAGGACAAGCACACCAACACCACUCAGACUGUUACUAGGACUGUGUCUGUGGGGAACAGGGUCAGAGACAUCAAAUGCACCCCAGAGACCCGAACGAUCGGUGUAGGAACUACAAAUCUGAAAGGAAAUGCCCUAAAUCAAACACCAGGGACAAUUGCCAAGGUAACCCGAGACACUGGUGUUGGGUUCACAAGCAUCAAUGAGAAUUUCCUGGUUGGACUGAAAACUCGUAACAUGGCCUCUGGACCGUCCCACCUACCUGACCCCAACAAGACAAGAAGUAUCGGUGUAGGGGAGGGGAGGAUACGAGAUUUUUCGGUUCCAACUAGCACACCUGGCCAGAGUUUCCACCAAUCUGCACAGUCCCAGUGGGACCCUGAGCUUAACCAUUACAUAGAGAAAAUGCAGAAGCUCCUAGGGGAGCAUGGGGACCUGCUUACAGAGGACUGCACUAAGCACCACAGCAGUCGAGGAAAUGACAGCUCUAAGAUGCCCUACAGUAAUAAAGCUGCAGCACAAGGAGGAACAGAAGUCCAUCGUUUAGGUUCUCAGCCACCAGUCAGCAGAGAGUUUCAGUCUCCAUCUCAGCUUUCAGUCGACUCUUCUAAAUGUGACAAAACAAACCCAGGAAUGUGCCAACAGGGUGGAAAUGAAUCUGAGGUGAAAAGAAUGAUACAAAUGUUGGAACAACAAGCGUCCUCAGCUCUGCAAGACAGAUCAGCGAAUUCUGUUGUGCUGCGGUCUGUGAUGAAGAAACAGAACGGUGACCAAGGCUGUAGCAGCAACAGGAAGAGCAUGAAGUUUAUGAGGGUGACAACGGGACUUGACCCCAUGCCAUCUUACGAGCUCUCUGUCGGUGAGAGAGUUAACUCUGAGGAAGCGGAAACGAGAGGAAACAAAAAAUUUAGGGAAGCAGCUCAAGGUGGAACGCAAGCAAGAAAGAGCAAAGGUGGCUCCAACAAGGCAUCGAAAGGGUCUGCAAAAUCACACACACAACAGAGGUGUAAGUUAAGUGCAAAGAUUAUCUCUGCCUGUCAAGCCUUAAAGAUGCACCUGAGUGAUGAGACAGCUUUAUCCAGCAGGGAAUUGCAUGACUGUCUACAAACAGUCCAGCAGGAGUGGUUCUCUGUGUCCAGCCACAAGUCAGCAGCUCCUGACACCGUGGACGACUACUUGUCAACGUUUCGGGUCAUUUCACCAUCAGUAUUGCAACACGUUGCUAAUAUGGCUGACGGCAAUGGAAACACAGCUCUGCACUACAGCGUGUCACACUCCAACUUUGGCAUUGUCAAGAAAUUGCUUGAUGCAGAGGUGUGUAACGUGAAUCAACAGAACAAAGCAGGCUACACACCCAUCAUGCUGGCUGCACUUGCAGCUGUGGAAACUCCAGAGGACAUGAGAGUUGUGGUGCAGCUCUUCACAAAAGGAGAUGUCAAUGCAAAGGCCAGCCAGGCCGGUCAGACCGCUCUGAUGCUGGCUGUGAGCCAUGGCAGAAUGGAUAUGGUGCAGGCUCUCCUGGCACAGGGGGCGGAGGUCAAUCUCCAGGAUGAUGAGGGCUCCACUGCGCUGAUGUGUGCAAGCGAGCAUGGCCAUGCUGACAUUGUAAAACUACUGCUGGCGCAGCCGGACUGUGAUGCCACCCUGACAGACAGUGAUGAAAGCACAGCCCUGUCCAUCGCAUUGGAGGCAGGACAUAAUGACAUCGCAGUGCUCCUUUAUGCUCAUGCCAACUUCUCAAAGGGACAGACAGGGGCUGCUGCUCGUCACAGCGGAAAGUCUCUCUCUUCCUCCGACGCUAGAAAUAUUUUUGAAUGAUGUGACGACCCCAAGGCCUGAAUGGAUUCUUCAUGGAUCUUAUUUACGAGGUGAUUCAGUAUCGAAGCCCCCAUAACAAAAGAGGUGGGGGAUCAAACUUACCAAGUUAGUCUGAUGGAUUCUUUAACAUCAUCAUUCACCAGUUGACAGAAUACUAGUUAUUAUCCAGUGAUCUGUAUAAUGGCACAGUGUGUAUUAUAUUAUAACUCAGCAGGUAAUGUAUGCAUGGCAGAGUAUAGCACUAGUUUGUAUUCAUAAAAUUUAAGUUAAUGUAAUUAUAUUAAUUGUCAAAGGUCCUUUAAUCAUUUUAAUUUUCUUUUUGUAAAUAAUAUUUAUAAUUGCAAUAUUUUAUGACUGCAAGAAUAAGAAGAUACAAAAAUAAUACAGUACAUUAACAUCAAACUCAAGUAUGUAAAUUAAUUUUAAAAAAAAUGGAUAAUAAAUAGCUACAAAUAGGAGAAAGUAAAUUAAAGACUUCCAGAUUUUUAUUGUAAUGUAUUUGUAUUUAUAAGUUGAUACUUUGCUGUAUCUCUACUGCUUUACUAGACGAAUCAUGAUGCAUGAUAAAUAUUUUAAACAAAUUUUAAUUUUGUCAUUUUUCCAAACAUAAAACAACAUGCAAUUACAGCUGCAGAGCUUCUUUUGCUAAAAUUCAUGGGAUAUGUUGUUGCUGAUAACGUGAAGGAAUAUUUCAGCACUUUGGGAAAUACGCUUAUUAGCUUUCUGUCUGUUAAAGAUGAAGGGAGCUUGGUUGUUGUACAGACCAAACAAAUGAAAUGUAAUCUGUUAAUGUGAGCUUUAGAGGUGCUGGUAGGUGGGUCUUUUUACCAGACUAGUUGUUUCCACUCUUUAUGCUACGCUAAGCUAAUUGUCUGCUGGCUGUAGCUUUAGACAGACAUGAGAGUGCUGUUGCUCAUGUCAUCUAACUCUCUGGAAAAAAAAAAAGGCGAAUAAACAAAUUUCCCAAAAUGUUGAACUACUCCUUCAAGUGGCAUCUAUAUUAUAAUGUAUUGGUUUGCCAUUGAUGAAGGCUGGACAGCCGAAUGUUUUCUCCUCUGUGAAUAAAGUGACUAAUCAUCACUGACUCCAACGCCCUCUUAUCAUCAUAGGUAUUUCUUUCAAUUGGAUUUGAUUCAAUAUUUAGUAGUUUAUUUGUAAACUUAAAUUCCCAAAUGAAUGUGUAUUACAAUUACAGUAUGUAUUUGAUAAGGUAAUACACAUUUUAUAGUUACACAUUUAUUGUAUCUAUUUCAUGAAGGGAAAUUAAUUAAACUUUAAAAAACAGCAUUGUCUGUUUCUACGCUGGGUAAGGGGACUUAAAAAAUGUUGUUUUUUGUAUGUGCCUCUCUGCUGCCGGCCACAAAUCAAAU